AUGGGCAUCUUGUCCUCCAAGCGCCGACAGGCCGCGUCCCCCACCCCGGAGCCGGGACCUGUGGUGGCGCUGGACUUGAGCCGCCUGCCGCCCGAGCUGCUGUUGGUGGUCCUGAGCCACGUGCCUCCGCGCUGGCUGCGCGCAAGCUGUCGCCGCGUGUGCCGGGGCUGGCGCGCCCUGGUGGACGGCCAGGCCCUGUGGCUGCUCAUCCUGGCCCAGGACCCGAGCCCCGCGGGCCGCGCCCUCCUCGCGCUCGCCCGCAGCUGCCUGCCCGCCGCCCCGGACGCCUUGGGUCGCUUCUGCGAGCGCAGACCCAUCGGCCGGAACCUCAUCCGGAACCCCUGCGGCCAGGGCCUUAGAAAAUGGAUGGUGGAGCAUGGUGGCGAUGGCUGGGUGGUGGAGGAGAACCGAAGAAUUGUUCCUGGGGCCCCUGCCCAGUCCUGUUUUGUGACUUCCUUCAGGUGGUGUCGGAAGAAGCAGGUCUUGGACUUGAAGGAGGAGGGCCUGUGGCCAGAGCUGCUGGAUAGUGGCCAGAUUGACAUUUAUGUCUCAGACUGGUGGGGAGCUCGACAUGACUGUGGCUGUCAGUACCGACUUAUUGUCCAGCUUAUAGAUGCUAACCAGACUGUCCUGGAUAAAUUCUCUGCUGCCCCUGAUCCCAUUGAGCAGUGGAACAACAAUGCCUGCUUUCAGGUCAACCAUGUGUUCUCCAAAGUCAAGUCAGGCAUUCGCUUUGUGUCUUUCGAACACUGGGGCCAGGACACGCAGUUCUGGGCUGGCCACUACGGGGCGCGUGUUACCAACUCCGUUGUGACCGUGCAGGUCCAUCCGUCCUAG